UCUCUCUUUUACUCUCUCCUUCCCUCUUCUCAUAAGGAUCCCUCAGCGAGCAUGAAAAGACACAACUGAGUGGACAUUCACUCUGGACUCCUGGACACUGAUGACCUGCUCAGGACGAGUCUGCAACUGAGAUUUCUGCACAUUUCUACACAUACAGCUCGACUCACCACCAUGACCAGGAAGGUUUUCACCAACACGAGGGAGCGCUGGCGCCAGCACAACGUCAACACCGCCUUCGCUGAGCUCCGCAAGCUCAUCCCCACCCAUCCUCCGGAGAAGAAGCUGAGCAAGAACGAGAUCCUGCGUCUGGCCAUGCGCUACAUCAACUUCCUGGUGCAGCUGCUGGAGAGCCAGAGCGGUCAGCCGGCCAGCCACUCCCCCACCGCUCUGCUCACCUUUCUCAGAGGGAACAUGGAGCAGCUGCACUCCCCUCCGCACCCCUGGGCCCUGACCAGCGACACGGAGGUCCCGUCACCUGGAUCCAGCUGCGACAGCUCCGAGGCCUGGUAGAACCGCAAAACACACAAAAAAGAAAAACUCUUGAGUGGACCCUGACCAUUUUCCCGGGUUUAAAAAACUGAUCUCGUCCUUCCUCAAGACACAUUUUUGUCUCUGCAUUUGUCACCCGUGUGUGACUCAUGUUGCGGUGCAGAAGACGCAGUAUUGUGUGUUAUUAGUGGACUCCAAACGUGGCUGAAAAUGUGGGCCCAGCCUCCACGCUGAUCAGUGUUGAAAUAUGAUUUGCGGGUGAAAAUUAAUUUGUAUUCUGCAUGGAUGUGUAAAACCUGGAGGUACAAUAAUCCCUUCAUGUCUUCAUGUUAAUAUUCCUAAUUUAGUUUUGCAAUGACAGGGUGUUUUGCCGAUGAGGAAAAUUGAAGGGAUUAAGGAAUUUUCUCAUUUCAAGCAAUAGAUUCAGCAUUUGAAUAGAUAAUGGCUCAGCCAAUUCUCCAGACUGCAAUCGUCUCAAAAUAGCCAAGGGCACUUUUUUCUUUUUUUAAAAUCGACAUGCUGGGUUUUUUUCCCUUCUUGAGAAGACGGAUCUGACCUUUAUUUUCCAUUUAUGAAGGUUAUGUGACUUCAGAAGAAUCAGUCCUGAGAGAGACUUUUCCUGUUUCUCCCCCUAUUUACACAGCAAUGUUCACUAUUUGCUGAUUACAGAUCAGAUUUGUGAUAUUUAGGAUUGUGCUGGAUAAUUUCAGCAAAACUGACAAUCCUCUUUCAGUAAUAACAUGCUUCACCACACAAAUAUCUUCUCAUUUAAAUGUGUUUUCAUGAAAAUACGCAUGUCAUAUAGCCAAAGAUUAUGAACUGAUUGUCUACUGUGAAGAGUGUGCUUAUUAUUAUCUUCUGAUACCUCUUUUGUAACUUAUUUUGGUGUGCUUGUUAAUAUACAGUAUGUUAUUUAUUUAAACUAUUUAUUUAAUAAAUGAUUUGUUAAUGAAA